UGGCAAUAAAGAAGUUUUCCUGGUAAAAUUUUUUUCCAGGAAAGAAAAUGCGAGAAAAAGUGCGGAGCAUUUUCUUACUCCUCCUCCUCCUCCCGCUCGCCGCUUGCUCCCUUGCUUCUCGUCAGAAUUCUCGCCAUCACCACCACUACCACAUCCACAGUCUCUUAACUGUUCGCAUUUAAAUUCGCUGUACUGCUUUUGUUUCGUAAUUGUAAUUAGCAGGAAUCUCUGAUCGCGCAGUUUAUGGCAUUUAAAUAUCUGAGCACGAGCAGUGGUAUUGUGUCGUUAUCUGCGCUUUGAAACUGAACCAGCUGAUCUUGAGAUUUCAGAGGUCAGGUAUCAUCUCCUAGUAAACUCGCAAUCUAAUCAGCUACCCAACACCGAACUAGUUUCCAAGACAUCGCGGCUGAGAGAAGUGAAGAAGAAUGCUGACUUGCAUAGCUCGUUCGAAGCAACUCAGCGAUGAUUCGCCGAAACAACAAGAAGAAUCUGGAGGUGGCACAUCCAACACCAAGCACCAGUCAAUCAAAGCCCUCACUUCUCAGAUCAAAGACAUGGCGCUGAAGGCUUCAGGGGCAUAUAGGCACUGCGCACCGUGCACGGGCUCGUCGGGUCGGGUCCAGCAAAAGGAAUACGCCGGUUUGGGUUCAGCGUCGUCGGGUCGGGUCCAGCACAAGGAAUACGCCGGAUUGGGUUCAGUGUCGUCGGGUUCAGACUGGACGUCAGAAAGGUUCCGGUGGUCUUACCGGCGCACGGGGAGCUCGAACUCGGCGGCGACGGCGAGGCUGAAGGGGCUGUCAAGCGGGGAAGGGACGCCAAGCUCGGCAAGCAGCCGGCGGGACCCGAUCGUGUUCGUGGAGGAGAACGAGCCCAAGGAGUGGGUCGCGCAGGUGGAGCCUGGCGUCCUCAUCACCUUCGUCUCCCUCCCUGGGGGCGGAAACGAUCUCAAGCGUAUACGGUUCAGUCGGGAAGCGUAUAACAAGUGGCAAGCUCAAAGGUGGUGGGCAGAGAAUUAUGACAGGGUCAUGGAACUCUACAAUGUUCAAAGGUACAACCGCCAAGUUUUUCCACUUCCCACCCCGCCAAGAUCUGAAGAUGAGAGCUCGAAAAUUGAAUCUGCUGAAGAUAGUCCCGUGACACCCCCAUUGAGUAAAGAACGUCUACCUCGGAAUUUAUACCGCCCAACAGGAAUGGGCAUGGGCUAUUCAUCCUCAGAUUCACUUGACCACCACCCUAUGCAAUCACGCCAUUAUCGUGACUCAUGUGGUCUCACCUCAACCCCAAAAGUCUCUAGCAUAAGUGGGGCCAAGACAGAAACAUCCUCAAUGGAUGCCUCUAUAAGAACUAGCUCAUCGAGGGAGGCAGAUCGUUCUGAAGAGCUAUCCAUCAGUAAUGCCAGUGAUCUGGAGACAGAAUGGGUCGAGCAGGAUGAGCCAGGAGUUUACAUUACUAUCAGAGCAUAUCCAAAUGGCACAAGGGAGCUUAGAAGGGUCAGAUUUAGUCGGGAAAAGUUCGGAGAGAUGCAUGCCAGGGUUUGGUGGGAGGAGAACAGAGCCAGAAUACAUGAACAAUACUUAUGAUUGGGCAGAUUAAAUGGCUGCAGGUGCUGUGAUGGUUUGCUGAUUGUGGUGGUGACUUUCCUGAGUGUUUCUAAGUUCUGCUGUAGUAGUUGAGUCAAAUAUGCUCUAUAAUAUCUAGCUAUAAGAAGAGGCAAAUGAAAAGAAACAAGAGAAAAAAAGAGAAGCUACCCGCACUUUGCAAGUGCAGGAGCAAAUCAAUUAUGUGAUCACCUGGUUUUUUCCUCUUUAUAUUUUGGGGGGGCUGAGAUAUGCGGUUUGCCAAUUUGUUAAACCGCUCGUAAGAAGUAUAUUAUGUAUUUCAGCAUAUACUGAAACAUAUCCUUGUGGGACUUGAUACUUUUUUCCUUCGAUAACUUCAUUUUUAUGAUUCGCAAUGGAAGAGCAUGGCUGUGUAUUUGGGGUUUAA